AUGGAUUCAUUUUCAUUUAAAUUUAAUAAUAAUUAUAAAACAAAUGAAGUUUAUUUAAAUGUUUGUAUUGAACUAUUACCAAUUACUAAUAUUGUAUUAAAUUCAACAAUUCAAACAUUUCAACCAACAAUAACAAUAAAUACAUUACAACCUCAAUUAAAUAGUUCGGCAGAGCAAGAAAAUAAAGAAAAUAAAACCAACAGUGACAGUUUUAGUUCAAAUGAAAACAUAUUAAAUAAGAAACAAAAAAAUGAAAAAAUAACAAAUGACGGAAUUAGUUGGAUGGGACAAUGGAAUGAUUAA